AUGGGGGAAGCUUCUGAAAAAAAAUAUUGUUUCUCAGAAUGCGUCGCCGCUUUCUACGAGGGCCAGUAUUUGCAGAUCACGUUGAACGUUGAGGAGUUUUGGGCAGGCUGGGGGCGCGCAGGCCCGCCACCUCCCAUGGCUGAUUCCUUUGGUUUCUGCAUCCCAAGAGGAGUAUGCAGCGAAGAACUUCUGAAAUGGUUACUACUUCCUGUGUAUUCGUUGUACGUCCAGACCGGCGAUCCUGCAUUGGUGGAUCACGAAGGUACCCUCAGCGAGGCGACGGCCCUCCAGAGUUUGCAGGAAGAACCGCCAGGAUCAAUCACGAUCAAGUCAGGGGUGGAACUUGAAGAGACGAUCCACAGCCUCGCCACCAAAGAGCUGGAGGCUGCGCUGCCGACUCCCCCUGCGCACAUGACAGGCGUUGCCUGCAUUGUCGGUCAUCUCCGCACUCUGGGCAAUCCUCUAGUUUAUGAGAGCCUCCGGCAAAACGCUCUGGACUCGUUGCACUUCUCUGAACUCCGGACGAUUCUCGUCACCGAGUUUGGCAACAGCGUGCCUGAGAAUGUGUCCGCAAGUUUGGCAGAGGAGCUCAGGAGCAAAAACCCCACACGCCGCUGGACGGAGGUUGCACAUGCACUCGAAACCAUCGCGCCG